GGUACCUUAACUGCUUCUCUUUGGCGUAAAUUGCAAUCGAUUAGGGAUCGUUUCUCAGACUCAAGUUAGAAGUGAGAGUUCAGAUCAGUGAGGCCACCAUUCCUGCUUUGAACACCCCAGAAGGAAGGGGAGAAUGGAUUUGUCAGGAGUGAAAAAGAAGAGCUUGCUGGGAGUCAAAGAGAAUAAUAAAAGGUCCAGCACUAGGGCUCCUUCUCCAACCAAGCGCAAAGACCGCUCUGACGAGAAGUCCAAGGACCGCUCUAAAGACAAGGGGGCCACCAAGGAGUCCGGUGAGAAGGACCGUGGCCGGGACAAGACCCGGAAGAGACGGAGUGCAUCCAGUGGCAGCAGCAGCACCAGGUCUCGUUCCAGCUCUACCUCUAGCUCAGGCUCCACCUCUAGCACCGGCUCUAGCAGUGGCUCCAGCUCAUCCUCAGCAUCCAGCCGCUCUGGGAGCUCCAGCACGUCCCGCAGCUCCAGCUCCAGCAGCUCCUCCGGCUCGCCAAGCCCGUCCCGGCGCAGACAUGACAACAGGCGGCGCUCCCGCUCCAAAUCCAAACCACCCAAAAGAGAUGAAAAGGAACGGAAGAGGCGGAGUCCUUCCCCAAAGCCUACCAAAGUGCAUAUUGGCAGACUAACCCGGAAUGUGACCAAGGAUCACAUCAUGGAGAUCUUCUCUACCUAUGGGAAAAUUAAGAUGAUUGACAUGCCUGUGGAGAGGAUGCACCCCCACCUGUCUAAAGGCUAUGCCUAUGUGGAAUUUGAGAAUCCGGAUGAGGCCGAGAAGGCACUAAAACACAUGGAUGGAGGACAGAUUGAUGGCCAGGAGAUCACUGCCACAGCUGUGCUGGCACCCUGGCCCAGGCCGCCCCCCCGACGAUUCAGCCCACCCAGGAGGAUGCUUCCACCUCCCCCCAUGUGGCGACGGUCACCCCCAAGGAUGAGGAGACGGUCUCGCUCUCCUCGACGUAGGUCCCCUGUACGCCGGCGCUCCCGGUCCCCUGGCCGCCGCCGCCACCGGAGCCGCUCCAGCUCCAACUCCUCCCGAUAAAGCCGGGCUACGGAAGCCCCUCGCCCCCAUAACUUAAUGUCCCAUCCGAGCAUGUUCUGUCACUCUUCCAGCCAAAGGAGGACGGAGAGGAAAGGGACUUCCUUGCCCCGGGGGCAGGCUU